AUGCCACUUGUAAAGAUCAAAAGGGCCAGCGACUUCACCUGGGGGAAAGAGCAACAUAAGGCAUUCGAUGAUUUGAAGCAGUAUCUUUCAUCACCUCCCGUGUUGGUCCCACCACAGUUAGACCAACCAUUCAUGGUGUAUCUGUCGGCCAAUGAGGUAUCCAUCGGCUCGGUGCUGAUCCAGGAAUUCCAAGGAAAAGAGAGGGUCAUGUUCUACCUCAGCAAACGCCUACUCAAUGUAGAAACAAGGUACAGCGAGAUGGAGCGCCUCUGCUUAUGUUUGUACUACACCUGCACCAAGCUGCGACAUUACCUGCUCAACGCGGAGACGUGUGUUGUCUGCAAAGCCGAUGUCAUCAAGCACAUGCGAUCGGCACCCAUCCUCAAGGGGCGGCUUGGCAAGUAG